GUCGGCCCGCGAGUGAUGGCUGGGACCAAGGGGCGUGCGUGGAGUGGGGCCAGCGGCUCCGGCCCGCGCCGGGCUCUCACUUCCCCUCCCCAACGGCUGCGGGUGCAGGUGCCGCGGGCCGAGCCCCGCAGGCGGGGCGGGCCCUGUGGACACGCCCUCGCGGCUAGUCCUCGCUGCCCGGCGGGAGGAAGCGCCAGAGCAGCGGCUGACCCUGCGCGGAGCCCGGCGCUCACUCCUGCCUCACGCGCAGGGACGCCGCCGGGCCCCCGCACCGCGCACGCCGCGAGCCGGGGAUGUGAGCUGCGCCCCCGCGGCAUGGCAGCCUCAGGGGUGCUUGGAGGAUGUGACAUCCUCAUCAUCUAUAGCUCAGAUGCCAAUGAAUGGUGUCAGUACCUCCAGGACCUUUUCCUGUCAAGUCGGCAGGUCCGCACCCAGAAGAUACUGACUCACAGACUGGGCCCCAGGGCCUCCUUCUCCGCCGAGGACCUGAGCCUCUUCCUCAGCACCCGGUGCAUCAUGGUGCUGCUGUCUGCAGAGCUGGUGCAGCACUUCUACCAGCCGGCCGUGCUGCCCCUGCUCCAGCGAGCCUUCCAUCCUCCGCACCGCGUGGUGAGGCUGCUCUGUGGGGUGCAGGACAGUGAGGAGUUCCUGAACUUCUUUCCGGAUUGGGCCCACUGGCAGGAGCUUACUUGUGACGAUGAGCCUGAGAUUUACCUGGCAGCUGUGAAGAAGGCCCUUUCUGAAGAUUCUGGCUGUGACUCAGUUACCGACACCGAGACUGAGGACGAGAAGGUCCUUCCCUACUCGAAGCAGCAGAACUUGCCACUGGAGAAUUCACCUGGGAACCUGAUGGUGGUGCAGCCAGACCGCGUCCGCUGUGGGGCAGAAACUACGGUCUACAUUAUUGUGAAAUGUAAGUUGGAUGAGAGAGUGACGACAGAAGCAGAAUUUUCUCCUGAGAAUUCUCCCGCAGUACGGGUGGAAGCCACGCUGGAGAACGAGUACACCGUUUCAGUGAAGGCACCCAACCUUUCGUCUGGGAAUGUUUCUCUGAAGGUAUAUUCUGGGGACUUAGUGGUGUGUGAAACCACCAUCAGCUAUUAUACUGACAUGGAAGAAAUUGGAACUUUAUUGUCCAAUGCUGCGAACCCUGUGGAGUUCAUGUGUCAGGCCUUUAAAAUUGUGCCCUACAACACAGAGACCCUUGAUAAACUGCUAACCGAGUCCCUGAAGAACAACAUCCCUGCAAGUGGACUGCACCUCUUUGGAAUCAACCAGUUGGAAGAAGAAAAUAUGAUGACAAAUCAGAGGGAUGAGGAGCUGCCCACCUUGUUGCAUUUUGCUGCAAAGUAUGGACUGAAGAACCUCACUGCCUUGUUGCUCACCUGUCCAGGAGCCCUCCAGGCAUAUAGUGUGGCCAACAAGCACGGCCACUACCCCAACACAAUUGCUGAGAAGCAUGGUUUCAGGGACCUGCGGCAAUUCAUCGAUGAGUAUGUGGAAACUGUGGACAUGCUGAAGAGUCACAUUAAGGAGGAACUGAUGCAAGGGGAGGAGGCCGAUGCCGUGUAUGAGUCCAUGGCCCACCUCUCCACAGACCUGCUUAUGAAAUGCUCCCUGAACCCUGGCUGUGAUGAGGAGCUAUAUGAGUCCAUGGCCGCCUUCGCUCCAGCUGCCUCUGAAGACCUCUAUGUAGAAAUGCUUCAGGCCAGUGCAUCUAACCCAAUCUCUGGAGACAGUUUCUCUCGGACCACCAAGGACUCUAUGAUCCGCAAGUUUUUAGAAGGUGACAGUGUGAGAAUGGCCAAUGUAGGCAGGGAGCUGCACCAUCUUGGUCAGGAUCAAGACAUUUAUCACAUGGUGGAUGACGAUGACACCUUUUCUGUGGACGUGGCCAGCAGGCCCCCUGUUCCAGUGCCCAGACCAGAGGCCAGUCCUCCCGGUGCUCACCAGCUGCCUGACAAUGAGCCGUACAUUUCUAAAGUUUUUGCAGAAAGAAGUCAAGAACGUCCUGGGAAUUUCUAUGUUUCCUCAGAGAGCAUCAGGAAAGAGCCACCUGUCAGACCGUCGAGGGACAGGCCUCAGUCAAGUGUAUAUGACCCUUUUGCUGGGAUGAAAACGCCAGGCCAGCGACAACUUAUUACCCUCCAGGAGCAGGUGAAGCUGGGCAUUGUCAACGUGGAUGAGGCUGUGCUCCACUUCAAAGAGUGGCAGCUCAACCAGAAGAAGCGCUCUGAGUCCUUUCGCUUCCAGCAGGAAAAUCUUAAACGGCUAAGAGAUAGCAUCACACGGAGACAGAGAGAGAAACAGAAAUCAGGAAAGCAGACAGACUUGGAGAUCACAGUUCCAAUUCGGCACUCACAGCACCUGCCUGGGAAAGUGGAGUAUGGAGUCUAUGAGAGCGGCCCCAGGAAAAGUGUCUUUCCACCCAGGACGGAGCUAAGGCGAGGAGACUGGAAAACAGACAGUACCUCCAGCACAGCAAGCAGCGCCAGUAACCGAUCCAGCACACGCAGCCUCCUCAGUGUGAGCAGCGGGAUGGAGGGGGACAAUGAGGAUAAUGAAGUGUCUGAGGUUACAAGAAGUCGAAGUCCAGGCCCCCAGCAAGUAGAUGGAGCACCCACUGUGCCCCUUGAAAGGCCCCCCAGGGUGCCUCCUCGAGCUGCUUCACAGAGGCCUCCAACCAGGGAGACCUUCCAUCCUCCUCCACCUGUUCCACCCAGAGGUCGCUGACUCCACUCCUGACACUUGUCUAAUCCAGGACUUUGAGACUCGUGAAUUUCAGCCCAUUAAUGAUGUCUUCACAAUGACCUUUAUGGACAUCACUGCUGACCUUAAGACCUACUCUCAUUACUAAUAUUGUUGCAGCCCUGCUGGUUUGGACUAUCCUUGAAGAAGACAAUAUCAAGGCAUGAAGAAGUGAAAAACUAAGGACUUUAUUCACCAUUGCCAAGUAUAUUGAUCUUUGUUUGUCAAAAGGAUGAAAACUUAAUUGGAAUACUUACCUCUAAUUUGGUGUGUCAGAAGCCUAAAAAGAUUGACGAUCAGGAGUGUACUUUACAAGUGAUUUUACUGGAAUGCACUUACACUAGACCUUAAUAUUUGCUAGUCCCAGCCUAAUUUCUAGAAGUGAUUAUAAUAUUAGAUUUACAGUAUCAAGUAAGAUGAUAAAUGCCCUAAAUUUUAAAUAAUUUUUCAACUUUGCUGUCGAUUCAGUUGAGUGUAUAAAUGUCAGGGAUUUUUACAUACAACAGACUGGAAAAGAAUUUGGACAGGGAUGAGCCCUAACCCCUUCCAAUACAGAAGCAAGCCUGAUGUUUCACAGAAAUCUGGAACCAAGGGUAUUCAGUUGGUUAGUGGUGGAAAUAGGUCUAGAAUCUGGGCCUGCUGACUCUGAGUCACCACACUUUCCAUCUCCAAAUAGCCGAUUCCUCUCCCUGAAGAAAUGGCCCAGAUGUAGAAAUUCAGUCAAUGAUUGAAUGCUGGCCUUCUAGAAACUUUCUUCUUCCAUAUCUCCCAGGCAUGGGACUAUCAAUUAUUUUUCUCAAUUUGUGUAUUUAUACUUUGGUAUUCUUUCAACACAGUGAUGUUGCCAGGGAAUAUCUAAAAAAUGGUAGGAAUCAAAAGCCUGGGAUGCUGGGGAUCCCGUUUAUUGCUCUGUGGCCUUUAUAGGUCUUAGUUCUGGCCAUAAGGAGAGUAGAUCCUUGACUUUAUCUCUGUUGUAAGGUCAGAAGAAGAAGGAAGCAUCCUAGAAUAGAAGUAGUUCUCUGUUUCCUUAUAACACCUAUUAUUACCCUAGGUUUGGAUGAUCUGUGUAGAGAAUGUAGACCCUUAAAUAUGUCAUUAUUUUUAUGUCCUUGGCACAUAAAUCUACCUUGAAAGCACACAUCCUUAAUUUGAUGCUUAAACAUACAGUGAAAUUAGUAUCAGACUUGUCUGUUUAAAAAAAUCAGAAAUUUGGUGGUUUCCCUUAAACUUAAAAAUGUAUUCUCCAUCUUACCCAGAGAGAUAAAAGCUAUGCUAUUAAUGACCCAUUUAAGUACAGUUUUGUUGGGUGCUUUUCUGAAGAUUAAGUUCUUUCUCAUUCUCAUUUCUCAGUCCUGUUUAGGACUUCUGUGACUCGGCAAGCAAGGAUUCUUAUUGAAGGGAACAGCCUCUGGUGUCUUGAGCCUCUUUUCUGACAUAAAAUACACUAUAGGCCAUGUCCGUCUUGAGACUGCAAAUUAUCUAGUACAGUGCCUGGCACGGAGUAUGCAUCCUGCAAAUGUUCCUUCAGUGAUCCCCUCACUCCCCUUGUCACUUAUGCGGUAGAAACAGGGUAACGUGAGAUAAAAAGAGAACAAGAGAUUAUAAUGUUUGUAUAAUUGUCCUUCCUGUUAUUUAUACUCAGUCUCCUUUUCUAGCACUUUUGACUUGACAAAACCUACUUUUGUACGUUUGGUGCCUUCAAGGUCCCUUUUGGAUGCAAAUUUAGAUUUUUGUACAGUCUCUAAUGAACAAGCAUUUAGCUCAAUACAUAGCAAAACCUAUUACCAGUCAAUGGUGUUACCAUCUUUAUUUGUCUAACAGUGUUUGUGGAAUAUUUGAAUAUUUUUUUGUAUGUGAAAAUAAGUAGAAAGUAUAAAAAUGAAAGUGCUUUUGAGAAGCACGGGCCUUAUGAACAUGAUAUAUUUGAGACAUGGAUGGAAAGAUUAGGAGUGCCAAGUCAAAAGCGGCAAAUCUCAAACCCUCACUGGAUGUUCACUGAAUAGCCAAGCUGGCUAGUUGUGUGUUCACCCAUAAAGGAAAAGAAGAUAAUGAGAUAAUUUGGAUGAAACCCUGGACCCAUGUCAUCAAAGAAUGUCUCUAAUGGUGAGGUGUAAUUAAUUGAAUGUGAUUUUUUAUUCUCUCGGAACAGAACCAAUGAUUAUAAUAUAAAUUUAUUCAACUUCCACAUACUCAACUUUUGAGCACAGUUUUCGGGAAUGCACGAUGUAACAAAACCAUGGACUUUCAUGAUCAGAAACUAAGGUUUAACUAGGUGUCCAAAGAGACUGUUAAAAAAGCUUUCUAUAUGAUAAUUUGGGGGAUAGCUCUGCUGCCUCUAUCUUUCCCCAAAAUUUUACAGUUGGCUCAGUAGAAAGUGAAGCUAUUGGUCUUGCUGCCAUUUACUCUGCCUCUAACUGUACCAGAAAAAUUGGGCACUAAUUUCUAGGCCAACACCAUUUCUUCAUCUUAUAUUAAAAACUGUGAACAGAUAAUCAAACUAAGCAACAAAAGUAUGAAGACUGAAUGAUGUUGCAAUCAAAUAAUUUAACUUGACAUAUUCAAUGACAUGAAUAAUCCCUAAUGCUUUGUCAUAAUUAGGCAAAGAGAUAGUAUGUAAAAGGCUUCAACUGACAUUUUUACCAGUCAGGUUAAAAUUAUCUUGGUCCUUUUUUUUUUUUUUUCCACACGAACAAAGGUUUAUUAGGGACAGAAAGAAAGUAAAAAGGCCCGUGAAGUAGAGAAGGAGAGGGGUUUCCACUUACGCUAGCCUCCAGUCUCUCUCUCUCUGAACAAAGGAUUUCCUAGGGCUUAUAAAAGUUUUUAGGUGGGAAAAAGGCAUUAUCUUUAUUCAUUAGAUGGGUAGAGAUUUCCAGGAGAAAGGGAGGGAUUUAUGAAAAUGAAAUGCCAGCACGGUUAGAAUUCAAGAUGGAUUUCCUCACAGAGGUUGCUGGAACCAAGAUGGAGCCUGUUAUAAAGGCUGCUGAGAUGUUGAACAGGACUUAUUCUGGGAUGUUGUACAUGCUUGAUGCCUCUGGAUCUUGGUUUGAACCCCGUCCAGGGGUCCCUGUUCAUGUUUGUCUCAUGUGGAAGGUCAUUCAUUGGCCACGAUGAUCUUUACCGCGCUUGCUCUGCACCUGGUGAGGCCUUGAAAAACAACUCAGAAGGAUUAUCAGCAAUUUAUAGCUGGUCAAGCACACAGGGACUUGAAAUGUAGCCCCUUAUCUUGUCUAAGCACCUAGCAUGUUAAUCACAAGUAGUUCUUGGGUGCCAGCAGUAAAAGUUAUAUGGUGGUCUGCACUCAGGUUUAGAUUUAAUUAUAGCGGGUCGAGCACACAGGACUUUGAAAUGUAGGCCUUAUUUAAUUCAGCCAGCCCGAUCUCUUGCCUGUCUCAAUAAUCCUUAGGUUCUGCUCAAAGCUCUCAAAAUCCCUAAACUCUGAGCCAAUAGGACAGCCCAGUGUUUCUUUAAAUAUAAUAGUAAUCCCUAAACAAUGAGUUUCCCUUGUAUGAGACUUUAGUGUAUUCAGAUUUCCUUCUGUAUACCUUUUCUUCAACCACCAAUAUGUGGAUUGGAAGGCAAACAAGUUCACAAGUAUGAUGCAUUAAUUGCAAUCAACAACAGAAAAAUAGACUUUGGGAUUAAAAAAAAAAAAAAAAAACAGUAAACCUAAAGAAUGACCCAUCCUUAGCCUCAACCAAGGUUUGAUUCUGGCAGUGAAAGAAUCUGGAAAGGAAUAAAGGAUACUGAAAAAAAUAUAUAAAUG